GAGUAAGACAGUUCUAGAGGACCACAAUAACCACAUUAAACAGUAUGCCUGCACAUUUUCCACAUCCUGAGCACGAAAACAUCUCUUAAUCCGUUUAUAAGGAGCUGUUUCUGACUCCUCAUUUCUAUUGGUUCGGGGUUUUAGUCACACUGAAAGGGGGGGGGGAGGAAACCCUCCCGUCGGACGUCCCACGCACCGUUGACUAGAACGCGAGGGAACUUCGUCAGACCAACUUACCUGGCUGUCAUCCUUCCUUCGCCGUGACCCCGACCCCUCCUGGUUGCCAUGGCAGACACCACCCGCUGCUUCUACUGUCGCGAGGACAUGGGCGGUAAGCGCUUUGUACGGAACGAGGGCCGUGCCGUGUGCAUCCGCUGCCACUCAGAGUUCUGCGCCAGCAGCUGCGUCGCGUGCCGCAAACCCAUCGCAGUCGACCAAAAGGAGCUCAGCCACAAGGGGCGCUCCUGGCACGAGAGCUGCUUCCGCUGCGCCUCCUGCUACAAGCCGCUCGCCAAGGAGCCCUUCAACACUAAGGACCAGCGCAUCCUGUGUGGGAAGUGCAACUCCACAGAGGACGCACCCCGCUGCCACGGAUGCUACAAGGCCAUCACCGCCGGCACAGAGAGCGUGGAGUACAAAGGCAACUCCUGGCACAACGAGUGCUUCACCUGCUACCAGUGUAAACGCCCAAUCGGAUCGCAGAGUUUCCUCACUAGAGGAAGUGAUGUGUACUGCACCCCGUGCCACGAAAAGAAGUUCGCUAAGCAGUGUGUCGCCUGCAAACAGCCCAUCACCUCAGCAGGAAUAACCUACAAGGAGGAGCCCUGGCACAGCCACUGCUUCGUGUGCAGCGCCUGCUCCAAGACUCUGGCCGGCACUAGCUUCUACCCGCACGAGGGGAAGAACUUCUGUCUGGGCUGCUUCAAGUCAUCUGUGGCCCAGAAGUGUGCUGGCUGCCACAACCCCAUCACAGGGUUGGGUAAGGCGGUGAAUGUGGUGAAGUAUGAUGGCUGCUCCUGGCACGACUUCUGCUUCACCUGCAAGAGGUGCUCCAUUGGCCUCGCCGACAAGUCCUUCGUGCCCCAGGGGAAGGACGUGCUCUGUGCCGACUGCGCCAACAAGUGAACCCUGCAGACACAUCCAGUGGGGCACUACUCUAACAUCUAGUGGGGCUCUACUUUAACAUCUAGUGGGGCUCUACUGUUACAUCUAGUGGGGCUCUACUUUAACAACUAGUGGGGCUCUACUUUAACAUCUAGUGGGGCUCUACUCUAACAUCUAGUGGGGCUCUACUCUAACAUCUAGUGGGGCUCUACUUUAACAACUAGUGGGGCUCUGCUUUAACAACUAGUGGGGCUCUACUCUAACAUCUAGUGGGGCUCUACUCCAACAUCUAGUGGGGCUCUACUUUAACAACUAGUGGGGCUCUACUUUAACAACUAGUGGGGCUCUACUCUAACAUCUAGUGGGGCUCUACUCUAACAUCUAGUGGGGCUCUACUUUAACAACUAGUGGGGCUCUACUUUAACAACUAGUGGGGCUCUACUCUAACAUCUAGUGGGGCUCUACUUUCUCACAUGAGCUGAUUUGAAUGGUUGUAUUUUCAACAUUUGCUAUCUAAUAGCUGAAUCAAAUGAAAUUAUGGAUUGGCAUGUUUUUAUAUAUUAUGUAUUAUGUAUUGCAGACUAUAUGUUUAUAUAUCAUUACUGUGACCCUUAAAUGAAUCUUUCUGCAUUUUCACUAUGUAGGAUCAAUGCUUGCUGCAAUUUCUUAGCACUUUGCGUCACUCUUGAUUUUGAAUUGCUAAACAGGGAAUAACUAAAUUUCCAAGACGAUGCUUUGAUAAAAAGAAAUGAUCUAUUUUUUCAAUUAUCUUUUAAAUGAAAAUAAAAUGUGUCACUUA